UCCCUGCCCCCAGGGCCUGGGGAGAAGUUUGGGGGCCCAGUUGAGGGUAGUCCCAGGCUCUGGACUUGCUCUCAGCCCUGCACCCAUCACCCCACAGCCGGCAGUAGCCCUCGGCCUCAAUGGCUCACCCCCAACCACAGUGUGACCUCUUUUCUCACCCAGACGGAAGAAGGCCUGUGUCCUUCGCAGAAUCAUCCCUGUCGACCACAGGGAGGCCUGUGCGGUGGCUCUCUGACGGCACCACCCCAGCAGACACACCCAGCUUCCCAGCCUCCCCCUCUUUCAGACUUUGCAGGACUUUCCGAAGCUCCACCCUUCCCCCUGCCCACUGCCGAGGGGCAGUGCUGGAGAUCCUGGAUAGAUUCAGCCGCGGGCUGACCGGAAGACAGAGCUGGACACAGAUAUUUCCAGCCCUGUGAAUUCUGGGCUGGCAGGGAGACUUCCGGAGGAGAUGUUAGAGCCUGGGGUUUUGUGGGAUGUGUAGGAGUUCAGGUGUGCUGCAGGGGAAAGAAAGAAGGCAUUGGGGGCUGUACAUCUGCUUGGGCGAAGGCCUUGGCUUUUCAGUAAACGCAAGCGUGUGAGCAGUCAGGGUCCAGACGUCCGGGGCCGGGGGGUAGAAUUCCAGUUUGAGCAGCCAGUGGGUGAACAAGCCGGGAUGGAGGCUGAGGCACCAGGAGGACUAGGGAGGGGCUCCAGGUCACAUGGCAGGGCCAGGGGUCGAACUCAGGCUCCCAGCCUCCCAGCUCUGGGCUCUCUCCAGCUCAGACAUCGUGACCAAUGUCCCCUGGUGGGCCUCAGGCUCUGGGGGUGCCCGCGCUCGGCGACCCCAGCGUGGGACUACACUUCCCAGCCUGCCGCGGGGGACGCGCCUGCGCACUGAGGCCAGUGAUGGAGCGCAGACGGGGGGCGCGGCGGCGGCGGCGUGGGCUCGGCGGGCCAUUGGCUCCCGGCCGCGGCAAAGGCAGCUUGGGGACUAGAAGAGCGAGUGGGGCCCGCGGGCCGGGCCGGGGACGACCUGGGCUGCAGCCAUGGAGGACCAGAGGGAGGCUCUUCGGAAGAUCAUCACGACGCUGGCCGUAAAGAACGAGGAGAUUCAGAGCUUCAUCUACUCCCUUAAGCAGAUGCUCCUGAAUGUGGAGGGAAACUCGGCCAAGGUGCAGGAGGACCUGGAGGCGGAGUUCCUGUCCCUCUUCUCUGUCCUGGAGGAGCUGAAGGAGGGCAUGCUCAUGAAGAUAAAGCAGGACCGCGCCAGCCGCACCUAUGAGCUGCAGAACCAGCUGGCUGCCUGCACGCGGGCCCUGGAGAGCUCCGAGGAGCUUCUGGAGACAGCCAACCAGACCCUGCAGGCCGCCGACAGCAAGGACUUCCCGCAGGCUGCCAAGCAAAUCAAAGAUGGUGUGACCAUGGCCCCCGCCUUCCGGCUGUCAUUGAAAGCCAAGGUCAGCGACAACAUGAGUCACCUCAUGGUGGACUUUGCACAGGAGCGGCGGAUGCUGCAGGCACUCAAGUUCCUGCCUGUGCCCAGCACCCCCGUGAUCGACCUGGCCGAGUCCUUGGUGGCGGAUAACUGCGUGACCCUGGUGUGGCGCAUGCCGGACGAGGACAGCAAGAUUGACCACUACGUGCUGGAGUACCGGCGGACCAACUUCGAGGGCCCACCCCGCCUGAAGGAGGAGCAGCCCUGGAUGGUGAUCGAGGGCAUCCGGCAGACGGAGUACACCCUGACCGGUCUCAAGUUUGACAUGAAAUACAUGAAUUUCCGUGUGAAGGCCUGUAAUAAGGCAGUUGCAGGCGAGUUCUCCGAGCCGGUGACCCUGGAGACACCAGCCUUCAUGUUCCGCCUGGAUGCGUCCACAUCCCACCAGAACCUGCGGGUGGAGGAUCUCGCCGUCGAGUGGGACGCCAUGGGCGGGAAGGUGCAGGAUAUCAAGGCUCGUGAGAAAGAUGGCAAGGGGCGGACGGCGUCUCCCGUCAACUCGCCGGCCAGAGGUACUCCAUCCCCCAAGAGGAUGCCCUCAGGUCGCGGGGGACGGGAUCGCUUCACAGCUGAGUCCUACACGGUGCUGGGGGACACGCUGAUCGACGGCGGGGAGCAUUACUGGGAGGUGCGCUACGAGCCCGACAGCAAGGCGUUCGGCGUGGGGGUGGCCUACCGCAGCCUGGGCCGCUUCGACCAGCUGGGCAAGACCGCCGCGUCCUGGUGUCUGCACGUCAACAACUGGCUGCAGGUCAGCUUCACGGCCAAGCACGCCAACAAGGCCAAGGUGCUGGAGGCGCCCGUGCCCGACAGCCUGGGCGUGCACUGCGACUUCCACCAAGGCCUCCUGUCCUUCUACAACGCGCGCACCAAGCAGCUCCUGCACACUUUCAAGGCCAAGUUCACGCAGCCACUGCUGCCCGCCUUCACGGUGUGGUGUGGCAGCUUCCAGGUGACGACAGGCCUGCAAGUCCCGAGCUCUGUGCGCUGCCUGCAGAAGCGGGGCAGUGCCACCAGCAGCUCCAACACCAGCCUCACCUAGGCCACCGGACGCCCACCCAGCCGGGCUGGUCUGGGGUCGGUCGCCAGGCCUCGGCCGUUUCAGCAGGGGCCCCUCCUGUCACUUGCUGCUUGGAGCCUUAACUCGUGAUUGGGGUCACGAACGAGGAGCCCCGGGCCGGGCCCUCCUCCUGACCCGCCUCCUAAUAAAGGUCAAACACUGGC